GUCUAGGGAUGGGGGAGGCUAGAGGGUUUCCACUCUGACACUUGACCUUUUUGUGGUGGUUCCGAAGCCUAACUGGGCAAUGUGGAUGUGGUUGAGGUGCUGGUAAGAAAGGUACAAGAGUAAGCAGCCUGUGUGUGAGUGAGCACUGUGUGUGUGUGUGUGUGUGUGUGUGUGUGUGUGUGUGUGUGUGAUUUUGACUGUGGAGAGCGUCUGUGAGAGCCAGCCACCUUAGACCCUGCCCUCCCUGGCACAUAGUGGGACCUCAUAAAUGUUAGGCAGAUGGAUGGAUGGAAGGAACAAGGGAACGAGGGAGGAAGGGGAGGAGAGAUUGGGACCAUCAGACCAUGAUCACUGUAGGAGUGAUGACAAUUCACUGUCCCCUCUCGAUGUGUCUGAUGAUGUGUAAGUACAAUAUGUGGUUGUAGGUGGGUGUGGCUCUAUGUUUGAAACUUCUAGGCUAUCUUUUUCCAUCAGCAUGAAUUCUGGGGAACUGUGGGGAGGUAGGAAGGGGAGCAUUGCCCUGGGUACCUAAAUCCCUGGCCCACCACAGACACAGGUUCUGAUUGCUCAGCCAGGGAUGCCCAACAACUAGCAUUUCACUCAGCCCUCUGCCUCCAGAAAGGCCUGAUUAUAGACAGCCUCCUGGGGGUAAGGGGUGAUCCCUCUGGCCACAAUGGUCCUCUGGUGCUUAAAUUGGGAAUCACAUACUCCAAUCUAGCUUCUAGAAUCUACACUUGACUCCCAGCAUCUGAAGCCCAGCACAGGAUAAUAAUCCAACCCAAGGAUCUAGUAGAACUUGAAUUGGGAAAUUCUGGAGUCUUGUCUCCCAUCCCAGGACAUUAAGAACCACGGGGCUAGUGAAUGCACUCUUCCAGGCUUGGAGAAACCCCAUCCUUCAAGCACUUGCCUCCUUUCAACCAUCCUGAGACAUUCCAGCUGGUUGGCUCUUAGAGCACAGCUGUUCCCAGAGAAACUGGGAUGUUCAUUCAGUACUCCAUUACUCAGCACUCCCAUACCCAGCCCUGUGUGCAGACCCACAGGUGGGGAAAUUGAGGCAGGGACAGGGCCCUCCCUUCCCAGAGCCUCCACACUGGGAGGCCAGAAGGAGAGCCAGACAAGACCUGAGGAGCAUCUAGUCUCACUCAGAAUCCUCCACGUACAUAAGAGGAAACUGAAGCCAGGAGGAGAAGCUGUCCUAGGCCUCACGGCAAGGCUUUGUGGAGCUGGAGGAGAAGCACAUGGAAUGAGGGUUUGACAGCCCCUCUCCAGGACACAACUGUUCCUGCUUUGAGCAAGGAUUUCUAGCCUGAUGUCAGAGUGCCCCACCUUCCCUCAGGCCUGCCAGGGUUAUCUGCUGAGCCAAACCUCCAAACUCAUGCCCCUCUCCAUGACCCAGCAGCUGCCUGAUCUCUGGGGAAGCAGACGGGGCUCCUGGAGUCAGCCCACUGGACUCGGGCUGCUGCCUCCUGAGAAGUUCCCAAGGGAAGCAACACUGGCCCUGCAGCUUUGCCAAAGGCUCUGGAGUGAGGGGGGAAGGGAGGUGUCAAAGAUUCUCCCAGGGACAGUGGAUGAUUUUCAUGGCAGACCUGAUGAAGCAGAAGCUGAACUGAAGCAGAGAACUGAAGAAUGUGUGCUACCUGCAGAGACCAUUGAAACACUUCCUGCGGCUGGAAGACAGCAACCCCCUGUCAGAAGCAUUAUUUUAUCUGGAAUUUCAAGUUUACAGAGGAUUUGCUUUCUAAAAAUUGAGCAAACCUAUAGUUUUAAAAACAACUCUCCUUCAACAAGGUCUGUUUCCAAGGAAAGUCUUAACCAUUUGUCCCUUCUGGCAUACCCUCUUCCAAUGAAAUCCAUGCAGAAUAGACCAGAGAUGGGCAGCAGUGAACCCCUUCCUAUUGCAGAAAGUGACAAGAGGAAGAAGAAGAAGCGGAAGGCCCGGGCCACUGACUCCUUGCUGGGAAAGUUUGAAGAUGUGUACAAGCUGACCUCUGAAUUGCUUGGAGAGGGAGCCUAUGCCAAAGUUCAAGGAGCUGUGAGCCUGCAGAAUGGCCAAGAGUAUGCUGUCAAAAUCAUCGAAAAACAAGCAGGGCACAGUCGGAGUAGGGUAUUUCGAGAGGUGGAGACGCUAUAUCAGUGUCAAGGAAACAAGAACAUUUUGGAGCUGAUUGAAUUCUUUGAAGAUGACACAAGGUUUUACUUGGUCUUUGAGAAAUUGCAAGGAGGCUCCAUCCUGGCCCACAUCCAGAAGCGGAAGCACUUCAACGAGCGAGAGGCCAGCCGUGUGGUACAGGAUGUGGCUGCUGCCCUUGACUUCCUGCACACCAAAGGCAUUGCUCACCGAGAUCUGAAGCCAGAAAAUAUAUUGUGUGAAUCUGCAGAAAAGGUGUCUCCAGUGAAAAUCUGUGACUUUGACUUGGGCAGUGGGGUGAAGUUGAAUAACUCCUGCACCCCCAUAACUACACCAGAGCUGACCACUCCGUGUGGCUCUGCAGAGUACAUGGCCCCGGAGGUGGUGGAGGUCUUCACGGACGAGGCCACGUUUUACGACAAGCGCUGUGACCUAUGGAGCCUGGGCGUGGUCCUCUACAUCAUGCUGAGUGGCUACCCCCCCUUUGUAGGUCACUGUGGGGCCGACUGUGGCUGGGACCGGGGAGAGGUCUGCAGGGUGUGCCAGAACAAGCUGUUUGAGAGCAUCCAGGAAGGCAAGUAUGAGUUUCCUGACAAGGACUGGGCGCACAUCUCCAGUGACGCCAAAGACCUCAUCUCCAAGCUCCUGGUUCGAGAUGCAAAGCAGAGACUGAGCGCCGCCCAAGUUCUGCAGCACCCGUGGGUGCAGGGGCAAGCUCCAGAAAGGGGACUCCCCACGCCGCAAGUCCUCCAGAGAAAUAGCAGCACAAUGGACCUGACGCUCUUCGCGGCCGAGGCCAUCGCCCUUAACCGCCAGCUGUCUCAGCACGAGGAGAAUGAACUGGCAGAGGAGUCCAAGGCACUGGCCCAGGGCUUCUGCUCUGUGAGGCUUUCUCCACCCUCCAAGUCACGCCUGGCCCGGCGGAGGGCCCUGACCCAGGCAGGCCGCAGUACGGACGAGGGGCCAUGCCCCACACCCACGGCUCUCUGACCGACUCCAGUCACACCUUUCAGGCCCUAGGCCUCUCCAGGCAUUGCCCCCUGGAAACCUGUGAGGCCAAAGUCUACAGAGCCCACAGAGGGACCUGCUGUGGGGCUGGAGCCACUUUCUCACCCACCGAGGCCCUGAGGUUCCCACCCAGCCCCCCAUUUCCCCAGGGACCUCAAGGAAAAAGCUUUUUCCAAAGGGGUUGUCUUUGAAAAGGAAAGCAAUCACUUGUCACUUUGCAUAAUUGCCUGAGGCAGGGACGUCUCUGCCGGGCUCCAGCCCACCUGCUCACCCGCCUGCAGAUCCUGGAUCAGCCUGCCAGCCUGCUCUCCUGAAUGGGCGGCGGUGGCGGCUGGGGCUGCAGCCUUCAGGGAGCCAGCCUCAAGAAGCGUCAGCUGACAGAGGCCCUUCCCUCCCUGCACGGUCACCCCCCCCACUCUGUCUGUCCUUCCACCUUCCUCUGUCCUCCGGAUGUCCUCCCCCUGGGCUGAGCAAAGCCGUCCCCUCAAUUCAGGGAAGGGCAGAGAGGCUUUGCAUGCCGGAGCCAGAUCAGUCUUCCAGUCCGUAGCACAGAGAAGCACAUAAUCUUUCUCUGCCGUGACCGAAAUGUGUCCCUCAUUUAUCAUCCUCUUCCUUGUUUGGGAUUGCUGCUAAAGUCAGUAUUAUUUCGUUUUUAAAAGUUUUUUUUUUAACCACGCUCCUCCAGCAAAGAUGGGAGUUAAAACUCCCCGUUGCAAGCCCAUGGACUAACUAAAGCACGCAGAAGCUCGCUCUUCUUUUCCUGAAUGCCCAUGUGUGUGAAAGGUUUUAAUCAGCUGUUUCCUAUCAUUCUAAUUGGUUUUAAGUGACCUAGAGACCGAGUCUGCUGCUGCCUCUCAGGCCUGUUGUGGAAGGCAGCACAGGUCGGGCCCGAGGCAGCCCAGCUGCGCAGUCUGAGGAUGUGGUGCUGCUGCCUGCCCGGGAGCAUGAAGGCGAACCUGGCAUCAGAUAAGCCGAGCUGCUGAGUUACCUAAAGAAAAUCGAUAUGCAUAUCUCAGGCAGACAUUUACACAGCACCACGCUGCUGUUAUACAUUGUGCUUGUUUGAAUAAAGCUUUUAAAUUGUA